UGUCUGUAAAGGGGUGGAGCUGGUGGAGAGGUGGGGUCAGUGGGGGAAGGAGGACUGAAGACAGGUCUCCCGACACAGCUCCAGUAGCCACAUUUCAGCCUUGUCUGUCUGUCCAGAACCUGCUCCCACCUCAGGCCCAGGCUGACAGUGAGCUGCGCAAUGGGUUCUGAGCUGGAGACGGCGAUGGAAACUCUCAUCAAUGUGUUCCAUGCCCACUCGGGCAAGGAGGGGGACAAGUACAAGCUGAGCAAGAAGGAGCUGAAAGAGCUGCUGCAGACCGAGCUCUCCGGCUUCUUGGACGCCCAGAAGGAUGCGGAUGCUGUGGACAAGGUGAUGAAGGAGCUAGACGAGAAUGGAGAUGGGGAGGUGGACUUCCAGGAGUAUGUGGUGCUGGUGGCCGCCCUCACAGUGGCCUGCAACAACUUCUUCUGGGAGAACAGUUGAGCAGACAGUCCCAGUGGGCAGCGCCCUUCCCCUCUGUACUGCCAUACCUGCCUCUACACCCUGCUUUCCUUUCACCUCACUUUUCCCUCCCCACAAUCCCACCUUUGCCCACCCUCCAACAAGGGCGCAAGAGUAGUGGGCCAGUCCUGCAACUCAUGUUUCAUUAAAGGCUCCUCUCUCGCCA